AUGCUUAUUGUUGGCGACAGUUACGGAUAUUACCAACUUGUACUACGAAAACAUGCUUGCCGGUUACGCUACAUUCUUCAUCAGCUUAAUAGUGGACGUAUACCGUUAGAAGACUUGAAGCAGAACAUCGAAUAUGCAGCUAUGUUACUGGAAACCACUUAUAUGGAGGAUACACGACGAAUAUGUGAUGAAGAUGAUGAACUUUCUGAAGUUGGAGCAUCUGAAACAGUAUCUGAAGAAGUACGAGAAUGGCUAGCCUCAACUUUCACUCGUCAAUAUGCACGUCCAAAACGUGAAAAGCCCAAAUUCAAAACUGUUGCUAAUGCAAUUCGUACUGGAAUCUUUUUUGAAAAGCUAUUCCGCAAAAACAAAUCACGUAUGGCUCCAAUACCGGACGAAAUUGCUGAAGUGUUUGUGGAUGUUAAUAAAUGGUCGUUCAGUUCGUUCAAACUGCAUGAAAUUUCUGAUGGUCAUGCACUGAAAUUUAUGGGUUUUGAAAUGUUCAACAGAUACGGUUUUUUGGAUCGUUUUCGUAUCAGUGUUCAGCGACUGGAAAACUACUGCAAUGCUUUAGAAGUUGGUUACAGCAAACACAACAAUCCAUAUCACAAUAUAAUUCAUGCUGCAGAUGUUACUCAAACCUCCCAUUUUAUGCUUUCGCAAACGGGUUUAGCAAGCAGUUUAAGUGAUUUGGAUCUACUGGCAGUGAUCUUCAGUGCUAUGAUACAUGAUUAUGAACAUACCGGCCAUACCAAUAGUUUUCACGUACAAUCUGGGUCAAAUUUAGCACUACUGUACAACGACAAAAGUGUUUUGGAAAAUCAUCACGCAAGCGCAUGUUUCAAACUCCUCACCGAUGAAGACAAAAAUUUGUUUGAAAAUGUACCGCGCGAAGAUUUCCGGACACUCCGAGCUUUAGUAAUUGAAAUCGUUCUUGCAACAGACAUGUCGACACAUUUUGCGCAAGUUAAAAAUAUGAAACAAAUGCUGACACUUCCGGAAGGAAUUGAUAAGACUAAAGCGCUGUGCUUGAUUGUGCAUGCAUGUGAUAUUUCACAUGCAUCAAAACCAUGGGAACUGCAUUCACAUUGGACGGAAGGUGUUUUGGAAGAAUUCUUUAGACAAGGUGACUUGGAAGCUAGUAUGGGACUUCCGUAUUCACCGUUAUGCGAUCGCCAUACUGUUCACGUUGCUGAAUCACAAAUUGGAUUCAUCGACUUUAUCGUUGAACCAACAUUUGUGGUAUGCGCAGAACUGUUAACCAAAAUGGUCGAACCACUUGUUUCAUUUCCAUCAGUAGACAGUGUUGCAGGCUCAAAUAAUAGCAAUGAAGAUAUAGUUAAGGCAGAAAAAAUGAAAAAUAUUUUAAGAAGUAAUUCACCGUUUGGUGUAAUACGAAGACUGCCGAUCAACUAUGCGGGAAAAUUACAAAUUCCUACACCAUGGUCCGAAUGUAUGCCAGAUAAUAAAGUUCAUUGGAAGGAACGAGCAAUUAAAGGUAGUCAGGUAGAAAUCUAA